UUGUCAUCCUAGAUGGAAAGAAAUUCUGAAUCCUUUUAAUAAUGAAUCCCAUGGAAGGAAAGUAAAAUAUGGAUGCAUAUCUGUUGUAAUAAUGAAUCACAGAUUUCCUUAUCUGUAAUUGCAGAGAAGCAAAAUCUGGAUGCUUAAAGGCUAAGGUUUUUGAGCAUUCUACUAUAAAGUAUUGUUCACCAGUUAAGGUUUUGAGCAUUGAACAAUGGCUAAGCAUGGAGCAUUCUUGUUUACUUAUGCUUUCUUCAUUCUCAUACUCAGUAUGAGCUUAUUGUGCAAAGCCAUUGGUCAUGAAGACAGAAAGCCAUAUAUUGUGUACUUGGGGUCACUUCCUCAUGAUGAGUUGUACUCACCAUUGUCUCACCACCUUGGUAUACUCGAAAGAGUCGUCGAGGGCAGCUCUGCUGCAAAUGCCUGGAUAAGAAGUUACAGAAGGAGUUUCAAUGGAUUUGUGGCGGAGCUCACUGACCGUGAGAGCGAAAAGCUUGCUAACAUGAAGGAAGUAGUCUCUGUCUUCCCAAGCAGAACUUACCAACUUCAAACAACAAGAUCUUGGGACUUCAUGAGUUUCGGUGAGACAAUCACUCGAAAUGACACGGCUGAGAGUGAUGUUAUUAUUGGUGUGAUUGACACUGGAGUUUGGCCUGAAUCAGAUAGUUUUAAAGAUGAAGGUUUUGGGCCUGCUCCUAUGAAAUGGAAAGGUGCUUGUAAUGGUGGAAAAAAUUUCACUUGCAACAAGAAGUUGAUUGGAGCUCGGUUUUUCACAUCAGAGGAGGAAUCUGCAAGGGAUGAAAUUGGUCAUGGAAGCCACACUGCCUCAACGGCAGCUGGGAAUGCCGUAAAGGAUGUGAGUUUUUAUGGACUAGUACCAGGUACUGCAAGAGGAGGAGUUCCCUCUGCGAGAAUUGCUGUAUAUAAAAUCUGCACUCUUGAAGGGUGCACUGGAGAGGCUAUCAUGGCUGCUUUCGACCACGCUAUUGCCGAUGGGGUUGACAUCAUUACAAUUUCAAUUGGACCAAAUCAUGCAUCUCCUUUGGAUGUUGAUCCUAUAGCAAUUGGUGCUUUUCAUGCAAUGGAGAAAGGGAUACUAACCUCAAACUCUGCAGGUAACAAUGGUCCUGAAGAGGGUUCUGUAUCAAGUGUGGCACCGUGGAUUCUUACAGUUGCAGCAAGUAGCACAGAUCGUCGGAUCAUUGACAAGGUUGUUCUUGGAAAUGGAAGCACACUCGUUGGGAGUUCGGUGAACUCUUUCAGUUUAAAUGGAACAAGUUUUCCACUGAUACAUGGAAAAGAUGCUUCAAGUAAGUGCCCCGAAAUCUAUGCUGGGAUUUGUUCACCAGGUUGCCUAGACAGAGAUUUAGUUAAAGGAAAGAUUGUGGUAUGUGAUAAGUUUGGUGGAAAUGUUGAGGCUCAUAAAGCCGGUGCGCUAGGUUCAAUUUUACACUCUUCCACACCUGAUGUUUCUUUUGUUGUCCCGCUACCUGCAACGGGUUUAAGCAACCAAGAUUAUACUGUCGUGAAGUCCUUCCUGAACUCCACGAAAGAGCCUCGAGCCAACAUAUUAAAAAGUGAAGCCAUAAAAGAUGAUGAUGCACCUAUUGCCGCUUCCUUCUCUUCACGUGGACCUAAUCGAAUUUUACCAGAGAUUAUUAAGCCAGACAUAAGCGGCCCAGGGGUAGAUAUUUUGGCUGCAUAUUCCCCUGUUGCUUCUGUCACAAGUAGCCCUGAGGACAAGAGGAGUCUAAAAUACAGUAUACUGUCUGGAACAUCCAUGUCUUGCCCACAUGCUGCUGGUGUAGCUGCAUAUAUUAAAACAUUCCACCCUGAUUGGUCUCCAGCAGCCAUCAAAUCAUCUCUAAUGACAACUGCUAAGCCCAUGAAUGGUACCAGCACUUCUCCUGGUGAAUUUUCUUAUGGAUCUGGACAUAUUGAUCCUGUGAAAGCUAUAGACCCUGGGCUUGUGUAUGAUGCUUCGAAAGAAGAUUACAUAAGGUUGCUUUGCAUAGUGUUAGAUGAGGCCAAAGUUAGGCAUAUAUCAGGAGAUAACAGCACUUGCCCCAAAGGUUCUGAGAAAGGAUCACCGAAGGAUCACAAUUACGCUUCACUGGCAGCAAAUGUUACACCAAUGAAACCGUUUACGGUUACAUUUCACAGAACAGUGAAAAAUGUUGGCCUUGCCAACUCCACUUACGAGGCCAAAAUCAUGCCAAAUCCUAAAGUUGACAUCAAGGUGGAUCCUGAAGUUCUUUCCUUCAGGACCUUGAAUGAGGAGAAGACUUUCAAUUUGACCAUUGUUGGAGAAGGUUUUCCAGAUGGAUCACAUGUGUCUGCAGAGCUGAUUUGGUACGAUGGAACUCAUAGUGUUAGAAGUCCAAUUCUUGUAAGCAGUGUGGGAAAUUAACCACAAUUUCCUUAAUGGAAAACCAUCUGCUGCAAAGCAGACAAAUUUUCUUAUUGUAUCUGUCCCUUUGUCUAACUAGUUAAGUUCUGAAAUAAAUGUGCUCAAACCUUGGAACUGUAGUGUUACUCAAAAAAUCUGGUUAUGCGAUCACCCAAUUUUUUUUCUUUUUUUCAGCAGCAGUGACUAGAAGUUAUGCUUUCUGUAUGUCUACAAUUUUCCUUUUCCAUGAAAGUGGUGAA